AUGCACGAGAACCGAGGGGGUGCGCGAGCGGCAGGAGGGGAAGAUCAGCGCAACACGAUGCGUGAGCUGGGCCAUCUCUUGAAGCAGGCCUUCGCGACAUCAACUCAGGACCAGGGGCACCGUGCUCAUCCAGGCACGUCUAACAACCAGAUCUUAGAACUGAGGCAGAGAGAAAAGAUAGAUGUACCAGUAUGGAGUGAUGAUUUUCUGAAGAGCAGAUCGAUUGAAGUUGCAUUGCGAGUGUUCACGAGUGCAUUUGAGGCGUGGCUGGAGAAUGAGGGACUUGCUGGUGUGAUGAGGGGUUCAGAGGUACCUGUUGGUGCAACUGGUAUGGACUUGAACUGGUUGAGGAGCACGUACGGAGAGGAGAGAGUGAAGCAAUCGAGGAAGAUUUGGACGUUCAUGCUUGCUAAGAUCACAGCGCAACCCGCACAAGCCCAAAUCUUGGCAUCAGAAUCACCUCAAGCAGGGUACCGCGUGUUUCUCGAGCAAUAUAGCCAGGACAAGAGUCAGGAGCGACAAACCCUUGACGACGCAUGGAACGUAAUAGGCCAGAGGCAGGGAGAGAGUCUUAUGGACUAUUACGGUAGGGCAGUUGCGCUGUGGAUGAGACUUCGCUCGUAUGGGGAUAACCGGGAUGAAAAAUCUAUGUGCAGGCACAUUGUCAGGGGAUUUCUCCCAAGGUUCGAAAAAACCAAAGACCGUCUUCUGUUUGAUACGAUGUUGUCGAGGGCAACCAUGCAGGAGAUGCUGAGGAUGGAAGAGCACGAGCUGAGGUACGAGCGGAGAGAUGGAGAGCGGAAGGAGGAGAUGAGGCACGCCCUCGUCGCUGCCGGCGUGGGCCGGGGCGGCGGGGCGGGGAAACCAGCCGCUGCAGGAUCGGAGCAAGGCGGACAUCGACCUCAG